GUAUGGCAUUGGCAAAUGGAUUAGAAGGCCAGAAUGCAGGAAUAUCAACAGAACAUGGUGUGACCUCUCCAGUGAGACUUCUGACUAUGAAGAACAAUAUUACGCGAGCGUUAAAGCCUUCCUAAAUGGGAUGUGCUCUGACUGGGUGGAGACUGCACGAUUCAACCCUCUUACAGACACUAAAAUUGGUCCACCCAUGGUAAGUCUAUCUUCUACUGAGAAUUCUAUUUCAAUCAUUCUGACUGCUCCUGAGAAGUGGAAGAGAAGUCCUGAGGGAGAAUCUGUAUCGCUGCUUCAAGUGUAUCCUGGCCUGCAAUACAAUGUGUCUGUCCUCAACAAAAAAACAAAGAAGCAGUGGUUCUUCUCCAUCAGCAACAACACCUUGGUUGUGCCCUGGUUAGAACCUGGAACAGUUUAUUGCAUCAGUGCACAGAUAUAUGUCACCACACCACGUUUGCACAGUGGAUUUUCUAAAGAAUAUUGCAUUGCUACUUUGAAAGAUAAAACUACAGAUGAGGCUAUAACAAUCGUAUUUGGAUAUGUUCUGCCUAUCAUGCUUGCUGUCCUUUUUAUUUCAAUGACAUGCUAUUGUGUGCACAAGUAUAUUCACGUCAGCAAACAGAAACAUCCAACAAACCUGAUAUGGCACUACACUGACAAAUGCAAGGAAAGGGUUUUUAUACCAUGUGAAAAAAUAGUGAUCAACCUCGUGACUGUUAGCAUGGAUGAGUACAAGCCAUCUCAGGAAUCCAGCCAUAUAUCAGAAAGGAAACGUCCCCAUUAUUACACUGUUUACAGUGGCACUGAAGGGAAGGAUUUGCCUUCAAAAGAAGUGCUGGAAACAAAACACUUGCUUGAUGUUUCAUACGAAGAGGAUAUUUUAGCAGGGGGGGACCAAACUAGGAACCGGCCAUCUUAUGGCCAGCCUGUAACCAAGAAUGCUUUGAGACAGAAAAAUGCAGGGACUAUAGAGUAUGAACACGAUGUAAGGGCUGAAGAUUUCAGUCCUGGUCAGAAACUACAAGACCUCAGUUUGCAAGAGAAGACCUCUGCCCCCGGCAGACUACUAGAUGAGCCACAGAUUGCUCUGGGGGACUUGAUUAGUAUGAAAUCAGGACAGUCAUAUUGCCCCCAGCUAGAGGUGAGGGCAGCAGACCCUUGUUUGGGACAGAAGAUAGAGGAACUUAGUUUGAAGACAGUUGAUGCAGCAGAUGAAUUGCCAGGUGAGACCCAUAUCAACUUGGUGGACUUUGAUACUGAAAAAUCUUGGCAAACAUCCUAUCCUCAGCUGGAAAGAAUCACACAGGGCCUCACAGAGAAAGAGAGUGAACAGACCAUAUUAGUAGAUUGGGAUCCUCACACUAGAAGACUGUAUAUUCCUACCUUGUCCAGUGUUGAAAAUCAGGUGUGUGAAGGAGUGUUCAAGUGCAAUGAUCCUGACAAAGAGGGAAUUUUUUCCAGACUGUAUGAGAAAGAGGUGUCCAAUGAAUCAUCAGAGGACCAAGAAAUGUAUCUCCUGCAAUUCAAGGAACAAUGGGGACUGCAUGUAGAAAUGGAAGACUGA